AUGUCGAAACUGGCCGCCUAUCCUGUUGACAAAGAAAACGUCAUGGAGGACAAGUACACCUUCACGCUUCCUGAGCUGUACCGAGAGAUUGCUAAGGAGGAACUUCGCGAGACGGAUCCGGUACGGGAGGUAGCGAUAACGCAGAUGCGCGAAUGGAUAGUCCGCAACAAGCACAUCCACAAGUGUCGUACGGAUGCUUCGUUUCUGCUGAGAUUCCUGCGUGCCAACAAGUUCUCGGUACCGAUGGCAUGCGAAGGACUCGAGCGGUAUCUGGCUGUUCGUGAAAUGUAUCCGGGUUGGUUCAAGCACCUAGACAUCAUGGAGCCUGCUACGCAAAUCCUGCUCAAGGAUGGUCCUGCUUCAGUUCUCGGUCAGGAUAGUGUCGGCCGAACCGUGGUUCUAUUUCAGCUUAAGUUAUUCAACGCUGAUCAAGUGACGCCAGUGCACAUAUGUCGAUAUUUAACGCAGAUGGUAGAAACGAUGCUCGAAUCGGAAGAGGUCCAGAUUGGUGGCGUAAUACUGCUGAUCGAUUACAGCGGAGUAGCUAUGAAGGUAUUCCAGGACUGGGGAGCAACCGAACUGAAGAUUGUGAUGGAAGGCUGGACCCGCUGCUUUCCAGUGAUAUAUCGCGAAAUACAUGCAGCAAAGCUACCCAAGAUGGCAAUUCCAUUCAUAGAGCAGCUACUCUCAUUCGGAUCGCCCAAGUUUCGGGAGAUCAUACACUGUUACGCCACGGUUGCGGAAAUGCAGAAACAUAUGGAACCAUCGAUCACACCGAAGCAAUAUGGAGGCAACAUGGAGCAUGAUUUGAGCGUCGUUAACAAGAGGUUUUGGGAUCGGAUGGUGGAGCUUCAAGAUGUCGUCACCGGUUUGGACAAGAUUGAAAUCGAUAUGGAUUAUUACACCGAGGUUUGGGACAAGCUGAACCCGGAUCUGAUGGAGGCUAGGUCGUUUAAGAAUUUGACCUUCGAUUAG